AUGGAUGUAGAUAAUAUUGUGCAGCUGAAUGAGGAUGUUGAUAUGAAUCAUCAGGACUACUUGAAUUUGUGUAGCAUUGAUGAUGGGAGGGUUGUAGCAGUGGGUGUUCAGGCAGUGGGUGUUGAGGCAGUGGGUGGUGGAGUGGAGACACCUGAUCCUUUAAGUUGUAGCAGUGCAGCUGGGUCGAACAAUGUGGUUGAACCACCUGCAGUAGGUAUGAUAUUUGGGACAUGGGAGUUUGCUGAUGAAUAUUUAAGGAAAUAUGGGAAGCAGGAAGGGUUUGGUGUUGUUAGGGCAGCUGGUUCUCAUAAGAAAGGUGAAGGUAAUAAAGUUGAAAAGGGUUGGAGGAAUUAUACAUGGAAAUGCGAAUGUUAUGGUAAACCGGACGUGAAACGAGCAUUGAAGGGUAGGGUAGCUGUUGGACGUAAGGGUAUUCAAGUGGCAACUAGGAAGUCGAAGAAAUGCAAUUGCCCUGUUAUGAUGUAUGCUUGUUGCAAUGAAGGAGGUGAGUGGCAAUUGAAGAAAGUCAUUUUGGAUCAUGUGAACCAUAAUCCAACGCCAAGCAAGUCAAAGUUCAUAAGCAUGUUUCGGAAGGAGGAGGUUACAUGUGCUGUAAGGAGACGGUUGUUCAAUGAUCAUGCUGUUGGUGUGAGGAUUUCACAGAUUCAUAGUAGUUUAGCGCGGGAUAGGAAUGGGUUGGACAAUAUGGCUAUAACAGAAUGGGAUCUUAGGAAUAUAAUUGCGAAGGAGAGGAAAUUGAAGCUUGGGCCUGGUGAUGCUAAUGCAAUGAUGAAUUAUUUUAACAAGAUGGCGGAGGACAACCAAAAGUUCUUUCACAGUCAUCGAUUAGACGAAGAAGGGUACUUGAAGGAUGUGUUAUGGGUUGAUGCUAGGUCUCGAGUGGCUUACGAGGAAUUCUGUGAUGUGGUUGCUUUUGAUGCGACAUAUUUGACUAAUGACUAUGAACUACCGUUCGCAAACUUUGUCGGAGUGAACCACCAUGGACAGACCAUAUUGCUUGGAUGUGCGUUAGUUUCGCACGAGGAUGCAGAGACAUAUGAAUGGGUAUUUAGCACUUGGGUGUUAUGCAUGGGUGGUAGAGCACCCAUUGGUAUAUUGACUGACCAAGACGCGGCGAUGAGAAAGGCACUCCACAAUGCUAUGCCUCAAUCUGUGCACCGAUGGUGUAUAUGGCAUAUAAUAAUGAAAUUUGGGAAGAAGCUAGGUUCGUAUGCAAAUUACAAGGAUUUGAAGGAAGCGUUGACACAGUCCAUCUAUGAAAGUACAAGCCCUGAUGUGUUUGACAGAACAUGGGUGGUUGCCAUAGAGAAGUAUGGUGUAGGUGAUGAUGAAUGGCUUGAAGGGUUGUUUCGUGAAAGGCACAUGUGGGUCCCCGCUUACAUGAAACAUCUAUUUUGGGCGGGUAUGAAAACAACUCAAAGGUCCGAGAGUAUUAACAGUUUUUUUGAUGGUUAUGUUCACAAAACGACAAAGUUGUGUGAGUUUGCAGAGCAGUACUGUAACGCUAUGGAAGCUAGAGCAAAUGCGGAGAAGGAAGCAGAUGCAAAUAGCGCGAGGUACCUCCGUCUUACUGUUACUACCUUCAAGACUGAACAUGUAUUUCAAAAGGUGUACACUGAUGCUAAAUUUAAAGAGAUACAAAAUGAAUGUUUGAAGGUGCUUUACCUUCAGUGGAGUGGGAAAAAAGAUAUUGGAGAUGAUGUUGUAGAACACUUGUUCGAGGAUAAGGUGUGGGUGAUGUGCAAGGAGACGAGGAAAGAGGUGCCUUUGGAGAGGACAUGUGAGUAUGUUGUUCGUAUAGACAUGGAGAGUACGGAGGCUACUUGUGAUUGCAAGAUGUUUGAGUCUGCGGGAAUAAUGUGUAGGCACAUUAUAUCGUUGUAUCUUAAGUUGAAAAUUAAGGAGAUUCCUGAGGAGUACAUAUUGAGGCGUUGGCGGAAAGAUGUAUUUCGAAAGCACACAAUGGUAAAGGUAGCAUAUCAUGACCCCUCAAAGACAAAAGAAGUGCAGAACUAUGAUAGGAUGAUGGUAGUAUUUGACCCAAUCUGCUUGAAGGCUGCCAACUAUGGUGAUACUCACACAGUUUUGGAGACCCUCCAACUACUAAACAUACGUCUUGAUGAGCGGCAUGCUAUGAAACUUUGUGGUAUUAGUACGAAGAAUUGCACCCCGAAAUCGGUUGGUAAUAGGCAGUUGGUGCCAAAUUCGGUGGGGUUGUUAGUUCAAACAGAUGUAGUAUCUGUGAAAGACCCCCCAAGGAAAAAAACUAAGAGGGCAGCUAGACUGCUUUCGUGUAUCGAGAAGAAUGCGAAGAAGGAUGAAGCAACGAAGAAGAAAGAAGCAACGAAGAAGAAGGAAGCAUCGAAGAAUCCACGAGGGAAAGGAGUUAAAAGAAAGGAGGUUGGAGAGGAGGAGGCACAUCUACAGUUGGAGCUGUGGCCAUCUAAUCCUCGUAAUGAAGGUAAGGUAUCUGAAUGA